CCACUGGGGUCGGCAUGCCUCCGGCUGCAAGUGACUUGCUCUCGGUGGAAAUUCAUCCUGUGGAGUGUCCCGUUCUGUAGCCAAGAUGUGGCCGUCCGUGUCCAUCCUGUGUGUCCUGGUGGCCUUCGCUAACGCUCGCAGCAUUCCUUACUACCCUCCUCUCUCCAGCGACUUGGUCAACCACAUAAACAAGCUCAACACCACCUGGAAGGCAGGGCACAACUUCCACAACACUGACAUGAGCUAUGUGAAGAAGCUCUGCGGCACCUUCCUGGGUGGGCCCAAGCUUCCCGAGAGGGUAGAUUUUGCUGCAGACAUGGAGCUGCCCGAUAACUUCGACGCGCGGACGCAGUGGCCCAACUGUCCUACCAUCAAUGAGAUAAGAGACCAGGGCUCCUGUGGCUCUUGCUGGGCUUUUGGCGCCGUAGAAGCGAUUUCAGACAGAAUCUGCGUUCACACAAACGCCAAGGUGAGCGUGGAGGUCUCGGCGGAGGACUUGCUGUCGUGCUGCGGCUUCGAGUGCGGCAUGGGGUGCAACGGUGGUUACCCCUCUGGUGCGUGGAGGUACUGGACAGAGAGGGGCCUUGUGUCUGGGGGUCUCUACGAUUCCCAUGUGGGCUGCCGUCCCUACUCCAUCCCACCCUGCGAGCACCACGUCAACGGCUCCCGGCCGCCGUGCACCGGGGAAGGGGGGGAGACCCCCCGGUGCAGCCGGCACUGCGAACCUGGCUACUCCCCCUCGUACAAGGAGGACAAGCACUACGGCAUCACAUCCUAUGGUGUCCCCCACAGCGAGAAGGAAAUCAUGGCUGAGAUCUACAAGAACGGCCCGGUGGAAGGAGCCUUUAUUGUCUAUGAGGACUUCCUGAUGUACAAGUCUGGGGUCUACCAGCACGUGUCCGGCGAGCAGGUUGGAGGCCACGCGAUCCGGAUCCUGGGCUGGGGGGUGGACAACGGCACUCCGUACUGGCUGGCCGCCAACUCCUGGAACACCGACUGGGGGGACAAUGGUGAGGCACCCCUGGAUGCUGCCGGAGGGAACCCCUUCCCCGUUCUCCUUGGCGUGAUGGGGAGGUUGACUUUUGCUCUUGGUGUGCUUCCAGGCUUCUUCAAAAUUCUCCGAGGAGAGGACCACUGCGGCAUCGAGUCUGAGAUCGUGGCUGGCAUCCCCAGUACGGAGCAGUACUGGAAGAGGGUGUAACCCUUUUGAUCAAACCACAAGUAAUCCUGAGUCCCCUAUACUUUUAACUGAUAGUGGGUUGGGUGCAGAGCCCCCCCCCUUCUAAGAGACUAUAGUUGAGGUUACUUUAUUAAAGCUUUUUAUCUUUUUUUUUUUUUUUUUUUUUAAUUGUGGGGGAGCUGGAGGUGGAACUGCUCUCUGCAAGCCCUCUGCUCCCAGUGGGUCACAGCUAUGGGGCAUUCCCUGCUCAAAGGACUGCUGGAGGGCUCGCUGGCCUCUUGUGCCAUGGUAUUUGGUUAGCCUGGACCCCUUCCAGCCCAGUCUGUUACUGGGAGGGUAGGAAGCAGUAGCUUUGUGCUGGGACGAGGGACUUGGUGGGGCAGCAGAGAUGGAUCUUGCUGGGAAGCCGUGGUCAGGGGAGAUUGCGCACCCCUGGCCGGGUUGGUCUGACCGUUAGCGCCUAAAAUAAGCAGGGUAUGUUAGCGUGUGCCUUGAAUUGGCUGAACUUAGACCUAUUAAUGACAAAAUACCGAUGAACUUCAUGUGGGGCUGGCUCUGGCCGGAGCUGCAGUAAUGCCCCUUCCUGCCUGCAAGAAGUCCUUUGUGCAUCGCUUGCUCUGCUCCAUCCAUUCGGCUGCUUUUAAAACCACUCAUUCCUCAGCUGUUUAUUUGCUUUUUUUUUUCCUGCUGUAGCCUGGGGUUAUUGAUCCUAAGAGAGGGCCUGCCUGGAGCUCCACAAGCCUUUGAUCAAAUGUCCUGCAACAUCUAGGAGGACACUGGAAAGUGCAAAUUACUUUUUUUUUUUUUAUCCGUGGCGGGGCAGCUUGGUGUGUGCAGUGGGUCGUGCCUUGGCAAGAGUGCUGCAUCUUACCUGGUGUGGUGCUUGGGGACUGCAGGUGCUGAACGCUGAGCAGAGGUGAGGGAUGUUCCCCAGGUCUGCUGCAGGGAGCUCAUGCAGAUGCUUGGAGGUAUCUGACUAACUUGCACACAACUGAAGCUUUUUUCUUUUCGAGCCACAGACAUUAAGGAAGAAGAAAAGAAUUGUUAUUUUUCUUACUGGGGGGAUGUGCGAUAGUUGCGUAGGAGGAAUCAUAUGAUUUGCCAACACUAAGAGCGAAAGAGCUUUUUUUUUAAAUUUUAUUUUAAAGCACAAAAUAUAUUGCUGAGCUGAGGCUACAGGCCUGAAAUGCGUGAAGCAGGCUCUCCUUUGCACUGUAAAAUAGCCCCUUACCUCUGCUUACUCAGACUCCAGUGAGACAGAGCUGUGGUGUAUAUGAUUGGAACAACCGUGCCAAUAAAUGAUUUCUCCAGUGUCUU